UCCUCUGCUGCUUCUCACUGGUAAGACUGUCAACAUGUCAAAUUACUUUUACUCUUUUCUCCUGAUUUGUUCAUCGUGUGUUUUUAUUUGUUUUCCUCGCAUGUCUUUACCAGCUUGUGUGGCCAGUGGUGCGCUGCUGCCCAGAGCCUUAUGGCAGUUUGGGCGUUUGAUUCGCUGCGCUCAGCCGAGCAUUAACCCUUUAAAGUACAGCGAUUACGGCUGCUGGUGCGGCUUCGGGGGGACGGGAAGCCCUCGGGAUGAAGUGGACGCGUGCUGUAAAGUUCAUGAUGAUUGCUAUAAAUCCAGCAGAAAGGCUCCUGGUUGCACGGCUCUGGUUGACCUUCCCUAUGUUCUUGUUUAUGAUUUCACCUGUUCAACUCAAGAAGUGAUCUGCUCAGCAUCCAACAAUAAGUGCCAGGCUGCCGUGUGUGAGUGCGAUCGAGUGGCGGCUCACUGCUUUGCUCAGACUGCGUACAACUCUGAAAACAAGAACCUGGAUCCCAAAGUCCACUGUGUCGACUGAGUUAUACAACCCAGAAAAACACGCACACAAGAAAAUGCUGCAUCAUGUGUUUGGGCUUUUUAUCAACUAAAAAUCUAUUAAAUAGAAA